AUGAAUCGGGUUUGGGUUCGUAAAGGUUAUGCUAGUAUUUUCGCUUCAAGUCUGAUCGUAGCCAGCUACCUUAGGCCUCACUACUAAUCCUAACGUUUCGAUUCUGACUUCUGAUCACGACAAAGAAGCCCAUUUCUGCGUAUUCCUACUAGAAUCAUGGCUUUUCACGAGAAUUUUUGGCAACAAAGCCUUCAACCUCAUCGAUUCUCAAGGAAUUGACCGGUUGAGUAUUUCGAAAUAUGUUGUGUCCCUGGCAAUUUGCACUGUAGGUGCAGGCAUUGGUAGCGAAUUUGCCCAGCACUUUUUAUCGCACGGCAAAAGAAGCUUUGACGUUUGGGACAUAGCAUGUAACGUCGCCGGCAGCUCUGCGGGCAUAGUGCUGGCGUACUGGCAUGAGAACCGAUAA